UGAUUCUUCCAGGAUCAAACCAGCAUUGCAUAGCCCCUCCAGUCUGUAGAUCAUCAUCACUGUGUGGAAAUGUGGAUCAAUGGAGUGGUAUCCGUCUGAUUGCCAUGACUGCACGUUCUUUACAUCCUUUAGCUGAUGAUAAGCCCUCAAGAUCAUCUCCUCUGGUGGGCUCAAGGAGCCCCAUUCUGACCCUGCACUGCUUUACAAGAGAACAGCUACCACCAGUGACCUGCAUGAUAGUCUAAGCAUCACAGAAAGUUUGAGGUACUUGAAAAAAACACCUCCUGUCUCAUCAGUUUUUCAGGCUGCUACUCUGUACCCUACAUCUCUUUGUGCUCAGAUUGACCCAGCACAACCUCACCAAUAAGUCAGUGCAAUGUAUGAGGAUUUGCCCUUGCACCAAGAACAAGAUGAUUAAUCUACAAGCAACGAAGGUUGAGUUUGCAUCGGAGGCUUCGUUUGAGGUCUGCAUUGCAGAUUCCAUCAAAAAUAUAAAUACUAACACUAUAGUCAAUGGUUUCCAUCUGGCACCGUUAGUUUCAGUUAUGGGCCUGAACCGGUUCUUCUGUUCUUUUUGUUUUUCUGCUCUGUCAUAGGAGAAUCAAUAGCAGCAAUGUGAAUGCAGCCUAAGAAAAACAGUGAGAAAAAGAAGGUUAUCAGUGACUGACACACAGGGUAAAUCAGCACUUCUAGAAAAAGUAAUGGCUGCCUUUCUACCGCGUGCAGCUAGAGGGCGCUGCAGGGAGCAGAAUGUCCUGUAAGCAGCCAUUUCACAAUGCAUUACCAGCUCAGGAUUCUGCAUCUCUCCCUUCCUGUUUUGAGAGCAGUGUAUUGUGAAAGCCUACUGAGUGACUGGCAGGGGGAAAAUCCAGACUUUGGUUCCAUAUUUCUACCCUGAUCCUGGAAGCAUUCUGUGCCUGAGCCUGAUACAGCUUGCAGAAGAAGGGAGCCUUGCAAUUUUGGGGGGGUCUACCCCCCAUUUGACAUUUCAUUGCUCAUGGCUGAGACUAAAAUCAUCUACCACAUAGAUGAAGAAGAAACCCCUUAUCUGGUGAAACUGCCUGUGUCUCCUGAAAAAGUCACCUUAGCAGAUUUUAAAAAUGUCCUCAGCAACAGACCUGUGCACAAUUACAAAUUCUUCUUCAAAUCUAUGGACCAGGAUUUUGGGGUGGUCAAAGAAGAGAUUUCAGAUGACAACGCUAAGCUGCCGUGUUUUAAUGGAAGAGUGGUGUCCUGGCUGGUUUUGGCAGAAAGCUCACACUCAGAUGGAGGCUCCCAAAGUACGGAAAGCCGGACAGACCUUCCUCCUCCGAUUGAGAGAACAGUUGGAAUUGGAGACUCGCGUCCACCAUCAUUUCACCCUAAUGCAGGCAGCAGUCGGGAUGGACUAGACAAUGAGACGGGAACAGAUUCUGUUGUAAGCCACAGAAGAGAACGUCACCGGCGGAAGAAUAGAGAAGCACAUGAUGACGUUCCAAGAAUCAAUGGGCACCCCAAAGUGGAGCGCAUGCGGGAGACUGGAGGAUAUGACAGCACGUCCACCGUGAUGAGCAGUGAGCUGGAGUCCAGCAGUUUUGUUGACUCUGAUGAAGACAACACUAGCAGGUUAAGCAGCACCACGGAACAGAGCACAUCCUCAAGACUUAUACGAAAGCACAAACGAAGACGACGGAAGCAGAAGAUGAGGCAAGUCGAUAGGUCGUCCUCAUUCAGCAGUAUCACAGACUCAACCAUGUCCCUAAAUAUUAUCACAGUCACACUGAAUAUGGAGAAAUACAACUUCCUGGGGAUCAGUAUUGUAGGCCAGAGCAAUGACCGUGGGGAUGGGGGAAUCUAUAUAGGAUCCAUUAUGAAAGGUGGCGCUGUAGCUGCAGAUGGACGAAUUGAGCCUGGAGAUAUGCUUCUACAGGUUAAUGAUGUUAAUUUUGAGAACAUGAGCAAUGAUGAUGCAGUUAGAGUUUUAAGAGAAAUUGUAUCCAAACCAGGACCGAUUAGCCUCACUGUAGCCAAAUGUUGGGAUCCUACACCAAGGAGCUACUUCACCAUUCCAAGAGCGGAACCUGUGAGACCGAUAGACCCGGCCGCCUGGAUCACUCAUACCUCAGCCCUGACGGGAACAUACCCCCGUUACGGUAUGAGCCCCUCCAUGAGUAUCAUCACAUGCACCAGCUCCUCAUUAACAAGCUCUAUACCUGAGUCGGAAAAACUGGAAGAGUCUCCUCUAUCUGUGAAGAGUGACAUGGCAACCAUAGUGAAAGUAAUGCAACUGCCAGAUUCAGGGCUGGAAAUUCGAGAUCGUAUGUGGCUAAAGAUUACCAUAUCCAAUGCAGUCAUUGGUGCUGAUGUCGUAGACUGGUUAUACACUCACGUAGAAGGCUUCAAAGAGCGUCGAGAAGCUAGAAAAUAUGCAAGCAGUAUGUUGAAGCAUGGCUACCUCAGACACACAGUUAACAAGAUCACCUUCUCAGAACAGUGCUACUAUGUAUUUGGAGACCUGUGUGGUAAUGUGGCAGCACUAAAUCUUAACGAUGGGUCCAGUGGUACGUCUGAUCAGGACACACUGGCUCCCCUCCCGCAGUCAGCUGCUCCCUGGCCUAUAGGUCAGGGAUAUCCCUACCAGUAUCCUCUAGCACCACCAUGCUUCCCCUCAACAUACCAAGAGCCAGGAUUCAGCUAUGGCAGUGGCAGUGCAGGAAGCCAGCACAGUGAAGGCAGUAAAAGCAGUGGCUCCAGUCGCAGCAAUAGAGAGGGAAAAAGAUCAUCCGGCCGAGAGAAGGACCGCAAGUCCACUGGCAGUGGCAGCGGAUCUGAUCGUGCCCCCAGCAGCGGAGGAAGAAAAAGUGAAAGGCCAGUGAGCCAACAUAGUCACCGGAGUCAUAGCUCAGUGCCACGUAGCGAACGCAGUCACCGCAGCAGCCACCACUCUCAUGGUCCCCCGGGUCUACCCCCACUUUAUAGCCUGCCAAAGAUUGGGAGCAAGGUGUAUGGAACCAGUGGACCCCCAGGGGGACCCCCUGUCCGAGAGCUUGGAAGUGUUCCCCCAGAACUGACCGGAAGCCGACAAUCCUUUCAGAAGGCCAUGGGAAACCCCUGUGAAUUUUUUGUGGACAUCAUGUGACAACCAAAGUGCCUUCUGAGUCAGCCACUAGAACCCCUAAGAAAGCUUAGAAUUUGAAAAAUUCCUUAUAAAAAAAGGAUUAGCACUGCCAUAUCCAGCUGCCAAGCCAUAACGAAUGGAAGAACUGAAUGCAGCUCCACUGUACGAUGAGAGAAGGUUUUAGAUGUACAGGUCUGUAGCACAUUUUGGAGAGGUCCUCUGAAAAAGACACAAGCCUACUAAUGUCCAUCGUCCUGCCAUUUUGAGUAACCCUGGGUGGUUGCAGAGUUUUAAGUCUUAACUGCCCAAUGAAUUCAAUGGAAGUGUAUACAGUUUGGACAUUCCUCAAAAAUCUGCACUUUCUCUUAGGUAGUUAAUGGCCAAAAAAGUAUCCCUGGUAUUGACCAUGAAUACUGUGAGCGGUAGCAGCUCCUCAUGAAUACCAUGAUGUUUUAAAGGGGCUCUGCUGAAAUAUGAUAGUUCAAAUAACAGACCAGUAGACAUGAUCACACUCUGGAGAAGGGGAUUGUCCCAUCCAUAUGAAAGGAGUAGGUACAUGCUGUAAAUCCCUAUGGAUAUAGCCCAAGAUUAUGGACAGGAUAAACAACUCCUUUCCUUGAAGUUGUGAACCUGGAAAAUUAGCACUUAGGGUACUUUCACACUUUGGGCAGAGUAUUCCGGCAGGCAGUUCAGUCGCCGGAACUGCCCGCCGGAUCCGCCAAUCCGGACGCAAACUGAUGGCAUUUGUCAGACGGAUCCGG